GCAAGCCCCGCCCCUCCGCCAGAAACCGGGACCGGGCCUGGUAACUAGGAACGGGGUCUCCCCUCCUCCCUCUCCCCUUCCCUCUCCCUGGCCCCCCUUCACAGCUGGCCCCAGCUGGCCCAGGAGAGCCUACAUUAAAGAGGAGGGGGCAGUGCUCACAAGUCUGGGCAGGUGUCCACAAAAUAUGAGUGGCCACCCCUCUUUGCUGCUGUUUUACCUGGCAUUGAUCACCUGCCUGGGCAGCUCCCCCACUGGGGAGCAAGACCAAGAAGUCUUCCUGGGCUCCCCAGGGGCCCAAAGCUUCCUGAGCAGCCACCGGCGGAUCCCGCGUGCCAAUCACUGGGACCUGGAGCUGCUGACGCCCGGGAACCUUGAACGGGAGUGCCGGGAGGAGAGGUGUUCCUGGGAGGAGGCGCGGGAGGUCUUCGAGGACAACACCCUGACGGAGCGCUUUUGGGAGAACUACAGCUACAAUGGCAAAGGAGGGCGUGGGCGCGUGGACGUGGCAGGCCUGGCAGUGGGGCUGACGGCCGGCAUCCUGCUCAUCGUCCUGGCUGGCCUGGGAGCCUUUUGGUAUCUGCACUGGCGCCGCCGCCGCCAUCGGGAGCCGCCCUGCCCCCAGGAGGCCGGGCUCAUCAGCCCCCAGAGCCCCCUGACCUCUCUGGGCUCGCCGACGUCCCCGCUCCCACCCCCACCCCCAGGCCUUCCCACCUACGAGCAGGCGCUGGAGGCCUCCGGGGUGCACGACGCACCUCCGCCCCCCUACACCAGCCUCAGGAGGCCUCGUUGAAGAGCAGCUUCGGAGCCCGGGCCUCUUCACACCCUGCCCCCGAUUCACACCGCAUUCCGGAAACCCCCAGGCCUCUUAGACUCCGGAGUUGAGCUUGGGGAGGGGUGGGUAGGAGUAGGGGUCGUCCGGUCCAAGGCCUACCCUGCCACACGUGUUUCCGCCGUGUACGGAUCCGCGCACGUCCCCGGCCAGGGCGUUCAUGCGUCCCGGCCCCUCGCGGGUCCCCACGCUCUCCUGACCCUGGGGACCCGCCGACCCCGACCCCGGGGUAGACGCGCGCCCGUGAGAACUGGGACCCAGGUGCACCGGCCGAGUCUGCGGCCAGCGCGGGUGAGCAGAUGUGACCUAGCUUCCGCUCUCCAGUGCCACGGGCCACGCAGAGCCCCGUCUCUGCACACGCGUGUCUUCGUGCGCUCCCCGCGCGCGCACAGGGGCGCUUCGCAACCCAGGGAAAGGGUGGGGGGCAUAUUCAUACUUGGUGGGGGUAGGCUCGCAUUGCAUCCAGGGUUAUGGACUUGAGCUGGUCCCCUAAAUAGAAAAUCCUUUGUGAAGGAGACCAAAGAAAGCUGAAACAAUGCAAACUAAAUAAAAAAUAAAAAUCGAAAGAACUGAA